CCUGGUUUUUUUCUGGUAUGAAGGCUGGUUAUCUUCUGGAUUGCAUCCUGUUUGGGGUCAGCAAGUUCUUUGGAAUACUACUGUUUUAAGGAUCAUAAGGUUGACUGCUGUAAAGGAUGUUCAAUAAAUCAUGCCAUUCUCCUGAAAACUUUGGGGUUACAGGAGGAAAUAUUAAGACUAGGAAGACCAGUAUCAAAUUAGGAAUGCAAGUGAAUGUCAGGAAGCUGCUUUUUUUUCCUCAUUGUCCUUCCAAAAUUCUUCCUUUUUUGUUAUGUACAGUCCCCAAGCCCAUCCUGCGCUGGUGCCACCAUGAUCUACCAUGCUCCCUCCAGACCCAGCCAGCCAUGAAAGCCUUAGAACUGAAUUCUUUUCUCAAACAUCUAAGAUCUUGACAGUGUAGAUUAAGGGAAAGACUCCUAUUAAUUCUAGGCUGUGCUUAUUAAAGCUUCCAUGUUCUCCAUUGUAAGCUCCUCUUUGUCAGUUACUGGAGGAGACUCCCAGUGCCUCAGUGAGUUGUAGUUAUAUCGAAGAAUAUAUUCUAUCUGCUCACCCACUGUGAUUGCUUUAUCUGUAACUCAUCCUAGGACCAGAAAAAAUCUUGGCGAUCACCUCAAUCCUCCCCAUUUUUUCAGGUAACAAAGCUGAGACCCAAAGAGGUUAAGUGAUUUGUCCACCUUCACAUGUGAGCAAUAUAACAAGACUUUUGGAACAUGAAUGUGACUGAGGCAUGAGAAUAGACCAAAAGCCUUACUGUCUGAGUAAUUCAGGAAAGAACUAAGUCUAAUUUCUGCCAAUUUCUAGGCAGCUAAGCUGGUGUGGAUUUUAGAGGAGGAUAGAACUGGUUGCCAUCAAUAAGGUGCUCCCGAAGGGCACAAUGUUCACCUGUUUGACUGUGUGAAGAUUAUACUGAAAGCCAUCCUAAUAGUAGUCUCCAGUUUGGAUAGAUCUAUAUGAAUUCUCUACCAUCAUUGUGCCAUAGAAUCAGGAGGGCUUGGGUUCAAAUUUUAUCUUUGAAAUGAGCUAGAUGACCAUGGGCAAAAUUUCCCAUUCAGAUCUCAGCUUGCUCAAAGUGGGCAAAAGAAUACCUGUAGGACCUCCAAGUACUAUUCACUGAGGUUCAAAUGAGAUAAUGUAUAUAAAGUGCUUUGGAAACUUGAAAGCAUUAAACAUUUAAGUGCUUGCCCUAUGCCAAGAACAAACUGGAAAUAAAGCUGGAAAAACAAAGGAAGGCAAAACUAGUCUUACCAUCAAGGAGUUCGAAUUUUAAUGGGAGAGACUUCAUUAAAAAUGUAUAUUUGAGACAUGUAUAAAGUAGCGCCACUAUAACACGUGAUAUCACUUCUGUUACUUGUCCCAGAGUUACCAUUUCCUCCUCGAAUUGUCAUUUCUUCAACUAGCAAGUAGCAGGUGCUAUCGUGGGUGCUCAAGGACAGCUCAGACCAGUUCAGCAUGACAACUAGUACUAGGGAGCAGAUUUUUUGAAACCUAUUACCUUCUCAUAAGAAGCUGAGAGCUGUGGAAUGAACAUGGCAUUCCUUCAAGGUGAACCAAUGCCUCCUUAUCAAUCAAAAUAAAAUGCCUGCUGUGCAUACAUAUAGCUGAUUCCUAGGGAAUGGAAUGAAAGAAAAUUGGAGGGUUUCUUAAAACUUCGCUACAAUCAAGGAUAUGGUUCAGCACUCAAAUUGCUGAAUAAAAACCAGGUAGGUUGAUGUCCACAAUUGCCUGGCAAUUUCACAAACAGGCAUGAAUCCAGAGUUUGGAAAGCCAGUGGAAAUCCUGCUCUGGAGUUCAGAAGAAGGUGAUAUCAUCUCCUAUCAUUUCUUGUCUUUUGGAAUUCCACACACUAAAGGAGCCUGGGGAAAAUAUCAGCUAAGUUAGUGAAUGCUGAAGAACUUGUGACUCCAAGGAAAUGUGGAGAGGGAGUUGGGGGCAACAGGACAAUGAUACUGGGAUAGCUAAUUGAUUCCCCACUCUGCCCUACCCCAUGCUCAUACAUAUUCUCUCUGUGUAUCUCUGUCUGUCUGGCUCUCUUGCUCGUUCUAUGUCUCUGACUCAUAGCUCUCAUCUCUGUGUCUCUUCUCUUUUCUCCAUCUCAUCUCCUUUCCUUUUUGUCUCAUCUCCCUCCCUCUCUCUUUCUCUCUUCUCCUCCCCACAUGACCUGGGACUAAUAACUACCAAGUAAACCUAGGAAGGGACACGAAUCAGGGCUGUUGGAGAACACUGAAUACAGUGCUUUUCAACCUGUGGCAGGAGGAAGGGAAUCUAUAGAAGAACUGACAUCCUAUAGCACCAAGAUUUUGCUGAGACUGCUGUUUCUAUGUUCAUAAAUCAGGGCUGGUUGUUUUCCCAAGUCUAAGAUCACAGCAAAUUGUUAGCUGGGAAACAGACCUUCCAGAUACAGAUCACCAGUUAAAUGGUGUUACAGGGCAAGAGUAUAGGUGGUAGCAAGCAGGCUACAAAGAUCUCUAGGAUGUAGAUAACUUUUUGGAUGGAAGAAGGGUGUAGCACAAACAGCAAAAGAUUUUUCCAGGCUGUAACACCCUUGCUGAUGAAUCUCUUAGUAAUCUUUGCUUUAAGAGGCAGGUUGGGAUGAUGAAUAAGGUGUGGAAUUGAGCUCUGGAGUUUCUUCGGAAGUUUGAAUUCCCCAAACUGCCUAAUCUAGGGUUCUUUUCUGUGAUAGAAUAGGGGUUGGCCUUUCAGAAUCCUAAGUAGUCUCGCUAGGUAGAACAGAAUGAAGAUAGUUUAGGUCCUAGAUUCUAGGAUCUCUAGAUGAGAAGGUCUGUAAAUGAUUUUCACUGGAUCAGGAACGCUAAGGAUUUCUGUCAGUCGCCAAAACAGUCCAGGUGAUUCUAGUCCUCUGCCAUUAGUUCAGAGCAAUUAACUAACAUGAAAUAGAUUAUUUUCUUCAUGUUUAAUCUCUUGGUGCAGCCUCUUUCCAACUGUCAUAGCAUCAUGGGUGGAACAAGGACCGUUAAUCUAUUUACUUCCACUUGCCAAUGAUUAGAGAAGCACUGAGUCCAAAGGGAGGCAGUCUCUGGAAAAGGAGGGUUAAUCCGAAAUCAGUGUUUAUUCAAAGGAAUAAAAAGAAGAGGUUGAGAUGGAAACUAGUUGAGAGAGCUGAGAUUUGUGAUGGAAGAGUGAGCAGUACUGGGUAAGGAGGUAAAGUAGUGGAAAAGUUGAGGAACUAGAUGCUUCUAUGAUUUAACUUGCCUCUGAAGCUUUAAUCUUUUAUGAUGAUACCUAUUCUUUGUCUCAUACUGACAUGUCAACUUGGUCAUGGGUCAAGUCAACUUUAGGCUCAAAUAAAUUGAAGGGGAAACUGGUGGCAGAAAGACAUGUAAGGCAGCCAUUACAGUAGUUUUGGUUAAUGAUAAUGAGUGUCUAUACCAGGAUAUGGAAAUAGAAAGACCCAAGAUAAUUUCUGGAGAUAUUGAAGAUAAUGAAGUUUGCUAAAAUUGGCUAUGAGAGCCAAAGAGAACUCAAAUGGUAGUGCCAUUAAGCUUGUGAAGUCAGAAGAAUAAGCCUGGUUUUAGAAAUCUGAUUUGGGACCAUCGCUGCCCCAUCCACAGUUGUAGAUAUAAAAUUGAAACUCAGAAGAGAGGUCUGGGAGUAAAUGAGCUUGUCUGUGAAAGAGUAUGUUUAGAAUUCAUAGAUAGAAACUUGAGAAAUAGCAACAUUAUGGGGUUAAGGUGACAGGAAGCAGUGGGAAAGACUGAGAAACAAUUAGAAAGCUAGGAAGACGCCCUAAGUAUACAUAUGUAAUACUAAGGAGGAGAGAACACUAGUAGGGAGGUGAGCGACAUCAUACUAAAAUGUCAGAGAGAAUUAGAACUGGAAAGCAAACCUUUGGAUUUGUAUAGCCUCUGAUAAUAAUUUAAUCACAGUAGUAGGUACUGAAAUCUAAUCACAAUAGCUUGAAUUGAGAACAGGUAGUUGAGAAGUUGAAACAUUAGGUUGUAAAAUUUUCAAGAAGCUUGACAGUGAAGGAAAGGGAAUGGCCGAGUUGAAUAGUAGUUUGGUAGCCAACUUUUAGAGUAAAUUGGACAAACGUGUUUUAAGUGGAUGGGAAAGGACAGAUUGAAGAUCCAGGAGGGAGGGGAUGAUUGCAACAUCCCAGAAGAGGCAAGAGUGGGCAUAUGACAGGGGGGUUAGCCUUAGUGAUGGAUACUUUUCUCCAAGAACAGAAUAGGCUAUGUAUGAACUUGAUUAAAGAAAGAAGAGGGAAGUUAAGGGAUCUCAGAUCAGAUGGUCUCAGUCUUCUGAAUGUAACUGCAAGAAGUGGGAGCAUGCUUAAGUGUGAAAGGGGAGAGAAAAAAUAUCAAAAUGGUUGCUUUGGGGAAUGAGAAUGUAUAAGGAAGAGUAAAGGGGAUAUCAAGCAAUAAUGAGGGCUAUAAUUGUGUAUCAUUGUAAUGAGCCACGUAAUCAAUUCAAAUAGGUUUUAAUAAUUGAGGGAGGAGGGCUGAGGUUAUAGGGCAAGGUUGAUGCUACUCAUUAUUUUGCACUUUCUUUAGCUCCAUCUAACUGCGCAGAAGCAAAGGAGACAAAGUGAUGACAGGUGCUCUCCUGACAGCCAGAUCCCAGGAGCGGGUGACAUUUGAGGAUGUGGCCAUAUAUCUCACAGAGGAGGAAUGGGCACUACUGGAUCCCUCACAGAAGAGACUUUAUAGGGACGUGAUGCUGGAGAAUUAUGGGAAUGUGCUUUUACUAGGAUUUUCAGUUUCCAAACCAAACCUAAUCUCUCAGCUGGAGCAAGGAGAAAUACCAUGUGUACCAUUUCUACCCAGAAAGAAGAUUCGAGUGAUUCGUUUUGAUUAUGGGUCUGAGAAGAAAGUGUCAAUUCCAAAGCAAGACAUUGCCAAAGAAGGAAAAGCACAAAGAUUUUUAUUAGCAAAACUUCCAAGGGCCAUUUGCUAUAACAUUGAAGAAAAUUCUGACAGCGAGGCUAGAUUAGAUCAAUAUCCUGUAAACACACUGAAGAAAGAAUCAAGAUGCCCUCUUUUCCAGGAGAUCGAUUUCAAACAGGUGACUGAUAUUUAUAGUAGUGACCUUAAAGUAACAGGGGGACACGAAUGCGUUAUGGAUGACAUCGGUUCUAACUCCGUUACACAACGGAAAUAUGCUGUCCGAAAGAAAUCUAAACUAUGUGAUUCAUUUCACCACUACUUCAGGAAGAGUUCAGAAUUUAUGAGAGAGCAGAGUAAGCCCAAGGGAGGACAAAAUCAUGAAUGUGAUACAUGUGGGAAAUCUUUCAGCAGGAACUCAAGCCUUCUUGAACAUCAGAAAAUUCACAGUGGAGAGAAACCCCAUGAAUGUCAUGAAUGUGGGAGAGCUUUUAGUAGGAACUCAAGCCUUCUUGAGCAUCAGAGAAUUCACAGUGGAGAGAAACCCUAUAAAUGUAAUGAGUGUGGGAAAGCCUUCAACAGGAACUCAAGCCUUAUUGAGCAUCAGAGAAUUCAUAGUGGUGAGAAACCUUAUGAAUGUAAUGAAUGUGGCAAAACCAUUAGUAGAAAAUCAAGUCUUAUUGAACACCAGAGAAUUCAUAGUGGAGAGAAACCCUAUAGAUGCGGUAAAUGUGGGAAAGCCUUCCGGGGACACUCAGACCUUUCUAAACAUAGGAGAAUUCAUACUGGGGAAAAACCCUAUCAAUGUAAGGAAUGUGGUAAAGCUUUCAGGAUUAGAUCAGGCCUUAUUUGCCACCAUCGAAUUCAUACGGGAGAAAAACCAUAUACAUGUAACAUAUGUGGCAAAGGCUUCAGGGCACAGUCAGACCUUAUUAAGCAUCAGAGCAUUCAUACAGGAGCUAAACCCUAUGAAUGUAGGCAGUGUGGGAAAGCCUUCAGGGUGAAUUCAGAUUUUGUUAAACACAUGAGAAUUCAUACAGGAGAAAAGCCAUAUGAAUGUAAUGAAUGUGGGAAAGCCUUUCGGGUCAGUUCAGGCCUUAUUAGCCACCAGAGAAUUCAUACAGGAGAAAAACCCUUUCAUUGUAACGAAUGUGGUAAAAGUUUUAGGGGGCACUCAGACCUUAUUGAACAUCAGAGAAUUCACACUGGAGAGAAACCCUAUGCAUGUAAUAAAUGUGGGAAAGCCUUCAGGGGGAACUCAGACCUUAGUAAACAUCAGAGAAUUCAUACAGGAAACAAGCCAUAUAUAUGUGAGGAUUGUGGGAAAGCCUUUGCAGCUAAGUCGCACCUUAUUAGACACCAAAGAAUUCAUAGUGGAGAGAGACCUUUCAGAUGCAAGGAAUGUAAGAAAGCCUUUAAUCAGAAGUCAAUACUAACUAAACAUCAAAGAAUUCACACUGGGGAAAGGCCCUUUGAAUGUAAAGAAUGUGGGAAAGCCUUCAGAGGGAGCUCAGCCCUUUCUGAGCAUCAGAAAAUUCAUUCAGGAGAGAAACCUCACGAGUGUAAUGAAUGUGGACGAAAGUUCAGAGGCAGAUCAGACCUGAUUCAGCAUGAGAGGACUCAUAGUGGAGUAAGACCCUAUAAAUGCAAGGAGUGUGGGAAAGCCUUCAUGGGGAGCUCAGGCCUUAGUCAGCACCAGAGGAUUCAUAGUGGAAAGAGGCCCUAUAAAUGUCAGAAUUGUGGGAAAUGCUUCAUAGGGAGCUCAGGUCUUAGACAGCACCAGAGGAUCCACAGUGGAGAGAAACCCUUUGGAUGUCAGGAGUGUGGGAAAACUUUCCGGGUGAACUCAGAUCUGAUUAGACAUAAGAGAGUUCAUACUGAAGCAAAGCCUUAUAAAUGUGGGUACUGUGAGAAAUCCUUCAAGUGGAGCUCGACUCUUAUUGACCAUCAGAAUGUUCAUACUGGAGAGAAGCCUUAUACUUGUACUAACUGUGGAAAAGCCUUUAGGGGACGCUCUGAUCUUAAUAAACAUCGCAGAAUUCAUACCGGAGAGAAACCCUAUGAAUGUAGUGACUGUGGGAAAGGCUUCAUUCAGAACUCGGGCCUCAUUCAGCAUAGAAAAAUUCACAAACAGUAAUUGAGUAAAUAGCAGAGAAGCUUCUGUCACACUUGUUUUGUGGGUCUCAGAGUCUACAUAGCAAGGGCAGAGUUCAUAAAAUAGUCAAGUUUUUUUAAAGGCAGAGCUGAUGUCUCUGAUUUAUUUGGAAUGACAAGUGAGUGCGAUUUCAGAUUAGUGCCUAGUAAAGACAUUUUGGCAUUGCUUCAUCAAAAUAGGGAUGAGGGGAUAUUUGAAAACUAAAUCCACCCCCUGAAAAUCCUCACUCUUGCUUUCGAUAUGGCCUUUGUUUGUGAUUAGUCUGUGACUGAUUGCUUAUUGUCCAUCUGGCUCUGUCACCACACGCUUUAAACCUAGCUAAUGAUUUUAUGCUCAUGUGCUUCCAUCCAUGUGUUUUCUCAUCUGUGUCAGUGCCAGCACCAUUCUUUCGGGCUAAAGUCGUCUUUGUCUCAAACAGUUCUCACUACUUAUAUCUACUUAUGGGAACACACGUUAUUUCUCUAGAUAAAAUGUAAGCUCCAUGCUAGGUUAUUUUGACUCAGUUACCUGGCAUAUUUAGUUUCUAGCUUCCCAAUAUCAGUCAUUGGGAGUACCAAGUUGAAAACUCCAAAUAGGGACUGCCCUCAAAGAGCAAUAUUCUACUAGACAGAUAGAAUAUGUACGUAAAUAAGCAAAGAACAAGGAGCAAGGGAGCAUCAAAUAGGCUUCACAAAGAUGGCAGUUUCUCAUCUGACAUCUAAGAGGCAGAAAGAGGGUGGAAGUUAACCCAGGCCUGGGGCAACUGCAUGGAAGGAGAAAAUGGAGCCUUGAGUUGAAGGGGCAGCUAAGUUGGUCAGCCUGACCUUAAUGUAGAGUUCAUGGAGGGGAAGCAUAAGGUUGGAAAGAUGGAAAGGAUUUGGCAUGCAGAGGGCCUUAAAUGGCCCUAUAUGUUUCUUGAAUGCUUGUUGAAAGUCCACCUACAGUUUAUUUCCUUCCAACUUUUCUCAACUGUUAAAGCAAAUCCA